UCUCUGUCUUAGCUGUGGCAGGGAGAAAUCAUCGGUCAGACAGACAAACAAGGAGAGGCUUGUUGCAAAACUAGGGCAUUGUCCCAGGCUACACUGUAAAGUCUAAUCUCCAGACAGCCAGUUUAAGACCUGAAAGAGGCUUCAGGAAACUGCUCUCAUCUCAUCUCUUCGGCAACAUGAAAGUUGAUGCUGACCAAAUGACAAUUUAUAUUCUGUGUUUUACGUGGAUCAGCUCAGGUCAAUCAAAUAGUCAGAUAAGAAGCCCUGAGGGGGAGAUGACAAAGGAGGAUGUUUCAGAGCCUGUUGAUGGAGACACUGUGCUGGGCCGGGCCUCUUCCUAUCAGCGGCCGGUUAUCCACCAGGUGGCCUCUGCACCCAUGCCCAGUGACUGUGAGUUCUCCUUCUUUGACCCCAGUGAGCCGCAGUGCAAAGAGGUUCUUCUGGAUCCCAACACAACCAUACCAGAGCUGUUCGCUGUCCUUAGGCAGUGGGUGCCCCAGGUUCAGAAGUACAUCGACCUCAUCGGCAAUGAGAUACUAAAGAGAGGCUGUGGUGUGAAUGACCGAGACGGUCUGACAGAUAUGAGCCUCCUGCACUACUGCUGCAAGGCCGGGGCCCCGGGCAUCGGUGAUGCAGAGACUGCAGCUGGCUUUGCCCGCCAGCUCCUUGCCAUGGGCGCUGAUCCCAACCUUCGCUCACGCUGGACUAACAUGAGGGCCCUGCACUAUGCGGCCUACUUCGACGUGCCCCAGCUUAUCCGAGUGGUGUUGCAGGCCUCCCAGCCUGGAGAGGUAGAUGCCACCUGUAGUGACUUCGACUUUGGCACCGCCUUGCACAUCGCUGCAUCCAACCUGUGCAUGUCAGCUGUCAAAUGUCUCUUGGAGCUGGGAGCCAACCCUGCUUUCAGAAAUGAAAAAGGGCAGUGCCCAGCAGACAUGGUGCCUGACCCCCUUGACAUGCCCUUGGAGAUGGCAGAUGCAGCCGCCGUGGCCAAAGAACUUCGGACUUUGCUGAGACAGCCUUUACCCAGACCCAGCUCCCCUCUGCCCCUCACUCUGCAAGCCCAGUCCCUUCCUGUUCUCUCCGAUAAGGCCAGGAUACAGCUCGCCACCAUGGGAAUCCGACUAGGGGACCGUGUGGUGAUAGCUGGACAGAAGGUUGGAAGCCUGCGAUUCUGUGGUAGCACUGAGUUCUCUGGAGGCCUCUGGGCUGGAGUAGAACUAGACAAACCAGAGGGGAAGAACGAUGGCUCAGUAGCAGGGGUUCAGUAUUUCACCUGUCGAAUCAAACAUGGAAUCUUUGCGCCCCUAUCUAAGAUAAGCAAGCCUUUGGAAAGACAUAAAACCAGCACCAGAAAGACGUCUACACCCGUACGCCCCCCUCGUCGCAUUGACCUAUCCCGCAUCACCUCCAAGAUAAGCACAGGUGUUCUCUCCCGCUCUCUCUCCUCUUCGUCCUCUUCACUGGACUCUCGGCAUGGACCAGGUGCCCGACCUCGUCCGCUGCCAAGGCAACGUCCUUCUGCCAGGCAGCGAAGGGAGCGUGCUUCCCUGAGUCCCAGGACCACACCGGCCCUGCAAUCUUCUCCUGACACCGCUGCACUUACUGCAGGUCUUCGAAGCCGAACCCCCUCAGCUAGUAGCUCGGUGUGUGGGGGCCCUGAGGUGCGCCUGGGGGAGAGGGUGCUGGUGGUAGGCCAGAGAACUGGUGUAGUCAAAUUCUAUGGAAAGACCAGCUUUGCUCCAGGCCUCUGGUUGGGCAUUGAACUGGACAAGCCAAGUGGUAAGAAUGAUGGAUCAGUGGGAGGAGUGAGGUACUUCAGCUGCCCACCAAAACAUGGUGUCUUUGCUCCUCCGUCUCGUGUGCAAAGGAUCCAUGGAUCUGUUGAUUGCCUUUCAGAGCUCUCCUCCUCUCGCCUCAGUCAUCCUUUCAGCGGGACAAUCCGUCGCAGUUUCAGCACAUCAUCGGCCAUCGCCACCCCGAAGGAGACGAGCAGAAGAAGUCCUGUUACCAGAAGUCGCUCCAACCCUCACCGCCGGCGCUGGAACACCCUAACUGGUGGUAUCGGCGGUGUUCCCAGGAGCACAGCAGGGUCCGGCCCCUUGCCCAGCUCGGACGGACAGGUCUGCCUCCAUGUGGGCAUGCAGGUCCUGCUCAGCAGUGCCAAUGACAUGGCAUUCAUACGUUACCUGGGCACAGCAGACUUUGCCCCGGGCCUUUGGCUGGGUCUGGAGCUCCGAAGCCCCAAGGGCAAGAAUGACGGCUCUGUGGGUGGCCGCCGUUACUUCACCUGUCGACCUGGCUACGGUGUGCUGGUCCGUCCCAGCCGAGUCACCUACCGUGGCAUCAACGGUUCACGCUUGGUGAAUGAAAACUGCUAAGGACUGUAGAAACCAGAGAGGGGUGUUGGGAGGAACAUUUUAUGUUUUAACUUUCUCUUUAUGAUCUAUUCAAAGCAAAAGUUUAAAGUUUAAACUUUGCCUUUUUUGCAUUGCGCAUUAUUUUCUGUUCAUAUAGUUAGUCCUCUAGUUACAGUACAGUAAUAAAACCACCUUUUAAUAGUUUGAAUUUAAAUUCUAGAUUACAUUUUUGGAACAAAAUAUAGGAUGCAAAGAAAGCACUUUAAAAAAAAAAAUCAUAUUAGAAUUUGUCUCGGCAGGAUACAGGGGAAGAAAGUCUUAAGAAGACAAACACUGCACUACUUUUAAUCUGAUUGCACUGAGAAACGAUAUCAAUUAAGAUGAUAGAUCAGAAUAAGAUACACUGGAUGGUAUGGAUGUGCACACAUGAAAAACUAUUUCUAAUUUUCAUCACAUCAAGUAGAGAUUUUUAUCGGAUAAUUUAGGUGGUAACGUAGCCUACUCCAAGCUAACCAAAAGUGUGCAUGUAUUGUGAAUGUGUGCGUCUGUGUGUGCAUGUGUGUAUUAAUUAAGAGCACUUUGAAACAAGAGAUGGAUUGAUUUUUCCAAGGUUGUAAUAUGGCUUACAGAUAAUUGAUGAUGGAAGUUGAGGAAAAACUGGAUUUUUACUUUAAUAUCUAUGUGAAUUAAACAGGAUUUAAUUAAGCAGAGACCUCGAUCAACCUCCAUCAGAACACAACUGCAUCAACAAAAGUUGUUUCCUCCUGCAUACAGUACAUCAGUCUCUGCCGAAGACUGUCCAUUAACGCAUAAAUGAUGGUUAUUUUGUGCUAUGGGCAGCAAAUUCCUACCUAUUGCUUCUUUUGGCUAUGAUUCUGUUAUGGUUAGUGACAGACUGUUCAUCAUUAAGGCAGUAAUGUCAUUUAGUUAGUCUGUUAAACAACACAUUGAAGGUUGGAUUUUGACAAUUGAAAGCCUGAUCAUAAACCAGACUUGCGCCCUGGAUUCAAACCUUUUUUCCUUCUGACUAAGCAUCAGCGCUGUCACGUUUUCCAUAUUUACACCCUGAAUGUAGAAAAAUCUGAAUGUGUGUAAUAUCAGACCUGACAGCUUUUCAGAACAGUAUAUCUUUACAUUUGAAGACCACAUUUCAUAGCAGGAAAUAUUCAAUCAUCCAGAAGUUUCAAGGAUAUAGUUUGCUAUUUGAUUAGAGCCGUCUGGGCAGCUCAGCAGAGAACAAGCCAUCGAUUGUGCAUGGGGAAAACGGGCCCACUAUUCAGCAAAACUCAUGUACCAUCCAAUUAAGGUGGUGUGUAGGCCACGACAAGAGCUGUAGAAUCUCCUAUGGCCUUCUGUCAUUGAUCUGUCUGGCCAGGCCCCCCUGUGAUUGAAAAGCAGUGGUGGUCAGAGCCCAAGGUUGUCUGUAAUAUCUGCCACAGAUACUGAAAUGAGUGAGCGCUUUAAAAGCAGUCUUUCCGAAUUCCUAUUGGAACAUUUUAACCCUUGUGUUGUCUUCCCGUCAACCUUGGAAAAAAGGUUGUUUUUUUUGCUUUUUCCAACGUUUUAAAUUG